AUGGGCCCUACGAAAUCUACGGACAGAAUAUUUCCAAUCACAAACUUUCUUUCAGACCUACCAAUCAACCAUAUUCCGCAGUCUUCUCUAUUGUCUUCUGAGAAUGGCCCUACUAGUGGACGAUUGGUCAUUGUAGGCGAUGUACACGGAAUGAGGAAGUCCCUUGAGGCAUUGCUAGCCAAAAUAGGCUUCGACAAAUGCAAGGGAGAUCAUCUUAUACUAGUUGGCGAUCUAGUUAAUAAAGGCCCCGAUAGCUCAGGUGUUAUUGAUCUGGCUAUCAAGUUAGACGCUAGCGCAGUGAGAGGCAACCACGAAAAUGCGGUUCUCAAAGCAGCCGCGGAGAUUAAUGCCACAAGUGACCGUCUACCACCUUCUGGAAACUUGAGUAGCAGUUCGGCCGUACCCGAGCACCCCGAAGCCGAUGUACCGGGGCAUACUGUUCAAAACUUCGAGACUCCUGAUAAAUGCGUAUCUGUUACAACGCGCGGUACGGCCUUGGCACUUUCGACGCGCCAGCUCGAUUGGCUUGCUGCUUUACCUUUUAUCUUGCGUGUUAAGCUACCUCAAGGCCUACCCUCCACCCUCGGCGAGACUCUAGUUGUCGUACAUGCGGGAUUCGUUCCUAAUAUCCCACUUGAAGACCAGGAUCCAUAUGAUAUAAUGCAUAUGCGGAGCCUAGUCCAUACGCCGGGCGAUGAGGAUGUAUUCAUAUCGGCAGAAAGUCCCGGGGAAGAAACCUGGGUUACGGAAUGGGACCGGUGGCAAGAUAGGCUAGCAUCCAAGACCACUGUGAUCUUCGGGCACGAUGCAAAACGACGUUUGCAGAAAAGCAGAUACGCAAUUGGAUUGGAUUCGGGGUGUUUAUACGGCAACCAAUUAAGUGCCGUUGUGAUUGCAGCUUCGGACGGGGAGAUUCAGCAUCGGAUUGUUCAAGUCGAAUGUGCCGAUACACCUGUGGCCCCAACAGUAUCUGUGAAAUAA